UGGGGAAAGCAAAAAAAGAAAAGACUUGGAAGCAGGGAUCACAGUUGGAUCUGGCAACCCAGGCCGGCUCAGCGGGGGCUGCUCUCAGUCUCAGUCCGGAUCUCAGUCCACCUGGAUGCGGUCACUUCUCUGUCCUCUGCUUUAACUUUCCCUUUAUAUUUUUUCUUUUUACUUCUCCUCGGGACGCAAACAAGGCGCAAUAAAAUGGCCGGAGCGAUCAUCGAGAACAUGAGCACCAAAAAGUUGGUGAUUGUGGGAAUUGUUCUGCUGCUCUUCCAGGCUUUUGCCUUCAUGGUCGGAGGGCUGAUCGCCCCCAGUCCCACCACCGCUGUCCACUACUUGGCUACCAAGUGUGUGGACAACCAGAAGGGACACCUUCAGGGCCGGAAGUGGUUCAUGCCCUGGGGUCCGAACCAAUGUGACAAGAUCCGAGACUUCGACGAAGCCAUGGCUAAGAGGAUCGAGGCCAACAACAUCGUCUUCUCCGUCCACAUCCCUCUGCCCAAUAAAGAGAUGAGUCCCUGGUUCCAGUUCAUGCUGGUCAUCCUGCAGUUUGACAUUGCCUUCAAAUUGUACAACCAGAUCGAGGACAAAGCCAUGGUCACUAUAGAUGUCAGCCUGGCCUACAGAGACGACACGGUGAGCGAGUGGACAGAGAUGGCUCACUCGUUGGAGCAACGUAAACUCAGCUGUAACUUUACUACAGCCAAGAUCAUAGAGAACGAGGGUCGCUACUAUGAGUGUGACCUCUUGCCCUUCAUGGAGGUCGGCACAGUGUCCCACAAAUACUACCUGGUGAACAUCAGGUUGCCGGUGAACGAGCGCAAAAAGGUGAACGUGGGAAUCGGCGAGAUCAAAGACAUCCGCUUGGUGGGAAUCCAUCAGAACGGCGGCUUCACUAAGGUCUGGUUCGCCAUGAAGACCUUCCUCACUCCCAGCAUCCUCAUCAUCAUGAUCUGGUACUGGAGGAGGAUUACCAUGAUGACGAGACCACCCGUCCUGCUGGAGAAAGUGAUAUUUGCACUAGGGAUCUCCAUGACCUUCAUCAACAUCCCAGUGGAGUGGUUUUCCAUCGGAUUCGACUGGACGUGGAUGUUGCUGUUCGGAGAUAUCCGUCAGGGAAUCUUCUACGCCAUGCUCCUCUCCUUCUGGAUCAUCUUCUGUGGAGAACAUCUCAUGGACCAAACAGAGAGGAAUCGCUUCUCCAUGUACUGGAAGCAGGUUGGACCCAUCGUCUUCGGCUCCUUAUGCCUCUUCAUCUUCGAUAUGUGUGAGAGAGGAGUGCAACUGACCAACCCCUUCUACAGCAUCUGGGCUUCGGAUGUUGGCACCGAACUGGCCAUGGCGUUCAUCAUCGUGGCUGGAAUCUGCGCCUGCCUCUACUUCCUCUUCCUGUGCUUCAUGGUGUUCCAGGUGUUCAGAAACAUCAGCGGGAAACGAACGUCUCUGCCGGCGAUGACCAAAGCUCGGCGUCUGCAUUACGAGGGUCUCAUCUUCCGCUUUAAGUUCCUGAUGCUGGUCACUCUGGCAUGUGCGGCCAUGACGGUCAUCUUCUUCAUCAUCAGUCAGGUAAAUGAAGGACACUGGCACUGGGGAGAUUACACUGUUCAGAUAAACAGCGCGUUCUUCACCGGGAUAUACGGCAUGUGGAACCUGUACGUCUUCGCCCUCAUGUUCCUGUACGCGCCGUCACACAAACGCUACGGAGACGAACAGUCCAGCGGAGAUCAGGGAGGGAACAGUGGUGAGGACAUCCAGCUCACCACCACCAUCACCCACGCUGACGGACCCACCGAGGUGUACAGAAUGAUGGGAAAGGAGUCGCAGGAGUAGUUUGGCGACGGCUUCUUAUCUCACUUCCUUCCUCCAUCUUCCGACGUUUUCUAGCCAUUGCUCUUUUAUACCCUCCUCCUGAUGUGUGCUGUUCGGGCUCCUGAUCCAUCUUCUCAUCCAAGUGCCCUUCGUGCUCUAGUUCUCUUUUAUUUUUUAUCUUCUCCUUUGUAGAUUUCCUCGGUCAGAUUCAGCAUAAGCUUGUAUAACGAGAUCAAAAAGCUGUCCGCGAUGCCGCCUACUUGGGCCACACUUUUUCCAGAUUAAAUUGAAAGGAUUGGGAUUUUUCCCUUCAACAAAUUCCUUAAUGUACAAAAUAUCGCCAUUUUUUAUACCAGUGUUUUUAGCUGGCAUGCUACCUAACUGGGUAGCAUGCAAGCUAAAAAGCUCAGCUAGAAUAGUGACAGGACUUCCUUUCGUUUUUUGGGAGGGGGGAUUUUUUUUUUACCCUCCAGUUUUCCCAAAACUCAUCUAAAAAACUUUACUGGAUAAAAUGAAAUAUUAAGACACUUUUAGGAAGGAUUAAUGGCAGCGAGGAAGUCGAUAAGCAGGAGUUUAAAAACCCCAUUUUGGAUUGUAACCUCAGAGAGGAACCGCUUCUGUAGAGGAGGGAUUGGUGAGAUGGAAUUUGGUGCCAUCUUGUGGACGGAAGAGGAAUGGCAGUUAAGAAGUGUAUGGCGGUCAAUCGUUAGAAAGAAAAUUCUUGUUCAUCACCACAGAGGUAUUUUAUUUUUUUGUAGUUCAGUAUUCUCUCAUCUAGCAUUGUGUGGAUGAUGAUCAUGGGGUAGAGUAUCGCAAUACUUUAUGGUAUUGCAUCAUUUAAGAGGAGUCGUCUUGAAAAAAAAUUCUGCAAAAUAAAGAAGUAUCCUUUGUAAAUGGUGCCAUCAUAUAGUGGUGUGUCUGUCACUGAUUUGGUCACAGGAUAUUACCUAAUGUGUCUUUUCCCUUUUUUUUGCAUUUCAUGUGAUUUAAACGAAACACCAUGUCAGCCUUUUUUUAAAGUUGUGAUCUAGUAUACGCCCUUCCUCUCCUCUCCUCCAGACUCCACGUUCGUAACACCGCAGCGUUCUGCAUCUUCACUCUAUCAUGUUUUUACACAACACUCAUACCUAGUAUGCUAUGAUGUAGAUAUAUUUUUUAUAAAGUGCUUAUUUUCAACUGUGUUAGCUGUAUCACUGUCUGUUGUAUAAUAAAAGGACUUUUUCACAA